AUGGAGUAUCCCCCAGAGAGUUCAGCAAAUCAGAAGAAGACCAUCAGGAGAUCGGCUAAUGGUUUAUUCUUGAACAAGGAAGUACUAUACAAAAGGACCCCUGAUCUCGAGUUGCUCAGAUGUGUGGACGCCGAAAAGGCCAGGAAAUUGCUAAAGAAUGUGCCGGAAUCCAUUAAUACGGACAAUGGUGCCAAUCUGAACAGCCUUUUGAUGAAGGACAUUAGUGAACAAUUCAAAAUCACUCACAAGAACUCUACUACCUAUCGGCCACAGAUGAAUGGAGCCAACAUCAAAAGCAUUUUGAGGAAGAUGGUCGACAACUACAAGAAUUGGCAUGAGCAGCUACCUUAUGCUCUGUUAGGAUACAGAACAACAACGAGAACUUCCCCCGGGGCAACCCCAUACCUCCUCGUUUACGGUAAAGAAGCGGUCAUAACCGCGGAAGUGGAGAUCCCUUCACUCAAGAUCAUCCAAGAGGGAGAGUUGAAAAAUGCAAAAUGGGUUCGAAACCAUUAUGAACAGCUAGCAAUGAUAGAGGAAAAGAGAAAGGUGGCAGUGUGCCACGGACAGCUGUAUAGACAAAGGAUGUCUAGAGCCUUCAACAAGUGGGCCAGAACUCUACUUUUCCAGAUCGGACAACUCGUACUCAAGCGAGUCUUCCCUCACCAAGAGGAAUAUAAAGGGAUAUUCACGCCGAACUGGCAGGGACCAUACAUGGUGAGGAAAGUACUCUCCGGAAGAGUCGUAGUCCUUGCCGAGAUGGACGGACAAGAGUGGCCCAAGGCCAUCAAUGCAGAGGCACUCAAGAGAUACUACAUUUAA